AUGAGCUUAAUAGUACCAGAAUCCACAAAAAUCUUCACUUCCUUCUUUCUCUUUGGACUCCUAAACAAUAUCCUUUACGUGGUAAUCCUAUCUGCCGCUAUUGACUUGGUUGGUGCUGCUACUCCCAAGGCUGUGGUACUAUUGGCUGAUGUUGUCCCAGCUUUUAUAUUCAAGCUCACUGCUCCCUUCUUUAUUCAUACGAUAUCGUAUGUCUCGAGAAUAUGGUCUCUCGUAGCACUUUCAUCUUUGGGAAUGUUAUUAAUCAGCUUGACUCCUGAAAGUUCCAUCGGCGUCAAAGUGUUUGGAAUAGUUCUAGCUUCGUUUUCCUCGGGGUUUGGAGAAGUUUCGUUUUUGCAAUUGACCCACUAUUAUAACGAAGAAAUGUCGCUAGGAGGCUUUGCUAGUGGGACUGGAGGUGCUGGUCUUUUUGGCAGCUUCUUGUUCAUGUUCAUGACAAACAUCUUGGGAAUCAAGGUAUGGUUAGUACUCUUGCUCUUUGCUUUGGUUCCGCUCGGUUUCCUUGCUACUUUCUACUUGCUCCUACCAUCACCUGGACUAAUGGAAACAGAGUUAGAGUCUUUGGACCGCAUCGACGGCGAAUUAUACGAACCUAAGACAUACAGUCUAGAAAGCUUGAAACUCCAUGUUUCUAAAACUAUAACUCUAAUCACACCGCUAGUACUUCCGUACAUGCUACCAUUGAGUUCCGUAUAUGUUUCAGAGUAUGUAAUCAACCAGGGAAUAUCUCCUACCUUAUUGUUUCCUUUGGACGACUUGCCUCAUUGGUUGUUCUCGACUUACAGAGAUAUUUAUGUUGUCUACGGAUUCUUGUAUCAACUAGGAGUUUUCAUUCUGCGGUCCUCGAUGAAUUUCGGCAUAAGAAUCAAACAGCUAUAUGCGUUGUCAUUGCUUCAGUUCGCCAAUGUCGUUAUUACACUCUACCAGUCUGUUUACGAUGCUCCCUUUAGUUCCAUCUGGCCUCUUAUGGGGCUUAUUUUCUACGAAGGGCUCCUAGGCGGCUUUCUGUAUGUAAACACUUUCAUGUCAGUUAGUGAAGACAUACCCAAGACUGAACGAGAAUUUUCUAUGGGAUGUGUUUCCAUUAGCGACAGCUUGGGUAUAGUUUUAGCCGGGUGUAUCAACUGGUGGCUUGAAACAAAACUUUGCGGCUUGCAAGUGCAAAGGGGCAGGGACUGGUGUCUGAAGGGUAGCUCCUUUUAG